AUGAUGCAGGAAUUUGAGAUGACAGACCUUGGUACUCUAGCUUGUUUCCUUGGAUUAGAAUUUGUAACUAACUCAAAGGGAAUUCUGCUUCAUCAGCAGAAGUAUACUACUGAUGUAUUGAAAAGAUUUCAUAUGACAGAUUGCAAUCCUGCAAAUACUCCAGCACAGGUUAAUACAAAAUUGGAAAUAACAGAAGAAGAAGAAGCAGUGGAUCCAACCAUGUAUAAGCAACUAGUUGGCUCCUUGAGGUACCUAUGUAACAGUAGACCUGACCUCUCCUUUGUUGUUGGUGCUCUAAGAAGCAACCUAUGGUGGCCUUGUUUUCCUGUGAUGUUGGAUAUAUAG